AUGCGCAGCAUACUGACCGUGUCUUUACAUUCGUUAGACCUGUUCUGGAACUUCACCGGCUCGCCUUACAACACUAUCUUCAAAAUUCUCUUCAUCUCUUCUUCCGCAUAUACCAUUUAUCUGAUGCUCAACGAUUAUAAACCGACAAACGACCCAAACAUUGAUACUUUCAAAGUUGUAUAUCUUCUCGGAGCUAGUGCCGUUCUGGGAGUUCUGUUCCCCUACAAAUAUACAGCUUCAGAGAUUCUCUGGGCCUUUUCGAUCUGGUUAGAGUCAGUUGCCAUAUUACCGCAACUGUUCAUGCUUCAGCGAACCGGUGAAGCAGAGACCAUAACAACCCAUUAUCUCUUUGCCCUGGGUAUAUACCGUGCUCUGUAUAUUCCCAACUGGAUCUACCGGUACUUCUCCGACGGAUACUUCGAUCCAAUUGCUGUGGUUGCUGGUAUCAUCCAGACCAUUCUUUACGCCGACUUCUUCUGGAUCUAUUUCCAAAAGUUAGUAUCCCUAAGCUUAAUGGUUCGGCCUAUAUUCAAUGUCUAA